CAAAAAAUACAUGAAAGUAGAUUGUGAAUCCUAACAUAUCUCCGGUCUUGUAUAUACUGCUUUGGCAACAGCAUCACCUUAUUAUAAAGAUCAAUACACUGUCGACAGGAAGGUUGUUCCUGUAACAACCGAUGCUUCAGUCUUGAAGACUCACCAUGUACAAGCGGGUGUUCCUCCCACUGUUCCUUCCGACACUGUGGACAGCAAUGUCAGCAUCGUCAGCAUGUGGAGGAUUACCAUUUCUGCGACACGCAGACUUAGAUGACGUCUUGUUUACUGAAAGUCUUGUGGCUGAACACGUCGUAGAAGGAAGAUUUUUAUGUUCAGAACGUUGUUACCAUCACCCCUUCUGUAACAUGCUGCUGUACAACCCAGAGUCUCAACGAUGCCGCCUAUACAAGUCCUUCGUGAACACAGGAGGCACUGCAGACAUGGGCUGGCAAUGCUAUGCAGUUGAUUGCAACAAAUUCCGGCUGGAGAAUGCUGUGUCUCUGUCCGUCGUAAACCAAUCUGUGAGUGUUGUCUGUAGAAGCGGAUUCUCGUACUUUCCCUCGCCCCCGUUGCGCUGUCACCUUAACACUGGAGUCAUCAACAUCGGGAUGUGUGUCCAGACACGUUGGGUCAAUCAGCCAUAUCCAUUCCGGACUGUUUUUCCAGCACCGUUAUCAAAUGGGGCAGAAAUCUCAGUGAGAUGGGCUGGCAAAGGAGAAAAUGUUUCGUCCAUUAAUCUGCAAAGUGGCGACAACAGUUAUGUGUUCCACUUUGCCGUCCGAUGGUGGGAAACUGAAGCGCUCUACAACACGAAGUCAUCAGCUGGACAGUGGGAAACAGAGCUGUUUGCAUCGACCUUCAUCUUCACUCCUGACGUGGUGUAUAACGUCAGCGUCAGAAUAACGACUACCCAUUAUCUGAUCUUCAUUGACGGCGAUAGUUUCCUCGAAGCCCCAAUACGUAAACCUGUGGAAGACGCUGUGUCCCUUGUAGUGUAUGUCAGUCACUUGGAGUCAGUUGAAGUCAAAUACCCAUGAUAAGUGUGUGUGUCCUGGGUGCCAAUGCCCCGGUCACCAUCAGCCCUGCUUGUCCGGGAUCAAGUGAAAGUGAACGACAUUUGGUGUGAUGUUGUACUAUUUAUAUAAGCCGAUUUAGCAGCUAUACCACUUAUAUACUUUGAUACAUUCUGAGUAAAUGAAACUUGACUGAGCUAUUUCAUGGACAAAAUUACAAAUUAUUAAAAUUUAAACGUGCCAACAAAAAGAUUCAGAAAGAAUUUCCUUUGUUACGAUUUAUAUUAUACAUGUUGCAUUUUACUGAUUAGACUUCGGGUAAGGGUGUGAUUUGUACAAGACAUUUUUUACAUCAAUACUUUAAUAAUGUAGUUAAUUCAGUUACAAAUGGCCAAAAAAGUGUCGUAUUUUCUAAGCUCGUUGUUAAUUUCAGAGUUCUGUAUUUUUACCGUUGUCUGCUGUCAGCAUUAAUGUCAAUAAAAUAUG